CGAAGUCACACAUUAACCGUCAUCGCUUCACUGGAUUUUCGUUCAACCAAGUCGUUCAAGGAAUCCAAGCUCUAAAUCACUAGCUCCUUGUGCUCUUGCCCGCUUUACAACAUGUCUGACUUCUUCAAGUCGCCGUCUUCGUCUAGUUCCCCUUCAGACAUGGCCGCAAAGAAAGAAGCCGUGAUGAAUAGUGUGCGCUCCGAGAUUGCCCUAGCCAGUGCGCAAGAGCUUAUAAAUAAAACGAACGAAAAAUGCUUCGCCAAGUGCGUAGCGAAGCCUGGGACCUCCUUGUCCGGCUCAGAGGAGACAUGCCUGUCACGAUGUCUCGAACGUUAUCUGGAAACAUUCAAUAUGAUCAGCAAAACCUACACAGCCCGCUUAAGUAGAGAACGGGAGCAGCGACAAAUUAAUCAGAUAUAGUCGCCAUAUUGUAUUCAUACAGCCCCAUUCCGUUAAUUGUGCUUUCAUGUUAGUCGUUCAACAAUCUCACCUGCGUGUCCAUCACGACUGCUCCACGUCCAAGUCAGACACCAUGAAGCUUGUAGGGAGGAUUUAUUGUCAGCUACUGUGCGAGCUAUGGUGUACGAAAAGGUAUCAUUGUAUUACAAGUAGCAUAUUAAAUAAUGACGUGUACCAGCGUUCAGGAAGAUUAUGCU